AUGAGGAACUGUAAUUUUAUAUUUUCCCUUUUUACCCUGGGCUUCCUUGUAUCUUGUGUGGGAACUACCUCUGACAAUGAAAUCAGCAUUGAGGCACUGCUAAGGACAAUCUCAUCGGGCCUAAGGAUUCGAAACGAGCCAGCUGUUCUUGAAAGCGCGCUCCAGUUUGAUGGAAGCGUUUUGGAGUCUUUGGAAAGCGAAAAUUCCAUUUAUUGGAGUGAUUCUGAGGACGGUUCUCGUGCUCCACUCAGUGACGGGCCUGUCCCCGACGGCCCUAAGAUUCAAACAAAGGAUGGAGUUCUCAGGGGGCUUACGUUAGACAAGGCAUAUGUUUUUUAUGGAAUUCCGUAUGCCAAUCCGCCAGUUGGCGCCCGCCGCUGGAAAGCGCCAACUCCCGUGACACCUUGGACAGGAGUCUAUGAUGCCACUUUCCCCAGGGCCGCCUGUAUGCAGGCUUGCAGCGGCCCAAUCUCAGACGAAUGUCCAGCCAAGGUCAGUGAAGACUGCCUGUACCUCAACAUCUUUGUGCCGAUGGUGGUUAACUUCUCGUCUCCCCUGUUGAGACCCUUGCCGGUGAUGGUGUGGAUACAUGGAGGGGACUUUAUUGCCGGCUCAGCCUCCAAGCCUUUAUAUGAUGGGAGGUUCAUCAGCAACUAUACUCACACUGUGGUGGUGAGUGUGGACUACCGCCUAGGGGCGUUCGGUUUCCUUGUCACCGGGAAAGACCCAAAAACUUCAGCUGUUGGAAAUUAUGGGAUCUUGGACCAGCAAGCAGCGCUCCUUUGGGUUCAACAGAACAUCGCUGUUUUUGGAGGCGACCCUAACAGGGUGACCAUAUUUGGGGAGAGCGCUGGGGCUCAGUCUGUGAGCCUCCACUUGAUGAUCCAGAGCAGUAAGCCUCUGUUUAAGCAGGCGGUCUUCCAGAGUCUGCCCUUCUCCAUCCCCCUGAAGACAAGACACGACGCACUGAAGCUGGGCAGGGACUUUGCCGAGCUGGCCAACUGCUCCGAGAUGGACCUGGUGUGCCUGCUGUCGCUCAGUCCGCAGGCUGUCCUCGCCGCCCAGAUUAAAGCAGGGUCUAAAAUUGUGAACCCGUUCCGGUUCCUGGAGGUGUUUGAGACCUGGGGGCCCUACAUCGAUGGGGAGCUGAUCAAGGAGCAGGCGGUGACCGCCUUCCAGAAGGGACACUGGCAGAAGGAGAAGCCUGUGCUGCUUGGGACUACAUCUGAGGAAGGGGUGGCCUUUGUGUAUGGAGUCUUCACCAAGCCUGUGUCUGCGCUGGAGUGCACCAUCUAUACCACAGCCAUCUUCAAACAGCAUGCCCUGCGGAUCCUCCACAAGUACCUGCCCCUGUACAAGGACUCAGACCGACGGGCCAUGCUGGCGCAGAUCGUGACUGACUACAUCUUCCUGUGCCCCUCGCGCAAGUCUGCCCGCAUGGGCGUGUCCUCCGGCAGCGGCGUGUGGAUGUAUGUCUUCGAUCACGCAGCAACCGACCACCAGGUGUGGAAGGGCCUGACCUUCUGCUACGGGCGCGUGUGCCACGGCGCCGAGCUGCCCUUCCUCUUCGGCUCCGCGGGCGUGGCCAACUUCACCUUCACGCCGCCCGAGAGGCUGCUCUCCAGCCGCAUGCUCUGCUUCUGGGGCGCUUUCGCCCACGGGGGCGACCCCGCCGCCCGGGCCGAGGAGACCUCCUUCUGCCGGCAGCAGCGGCCGCCCGCCUGGCCCCGCUACUCCGACACCAGCGGCUGGCUGGUGAUGAACCUCACCGAGCGCUCCCACCCGCAGGUGGGUACCCGCGACCACCUCUGCGACUUCUGGGACAAGCUGGGCAUAUAUUAG